AUGGAAAGGAACUGCCCUAACCCAAACCUUCCGCACAUUCUUCUUGGCCAUGAACUAGCAGACAAAUGCAAUGUUUCGCACAGUCCCGAGCGUCAGCUGGAGCCAGAACACAUUCACAAGCUUUCUAAGUUCUGGCUAUCGCUGAAGCACACCAGUCAGACACGAGCCUGCCCAACACGGAGUGCCUUAUAUGGGAAGGCAAUGACAAGUCAUCCUUUCUGCUACACUCAUCGUGCGUAUCAUGAUGAUGUAACACAACUGCUUGACUUCAGCCUCACGCUGGGCAGGGGACCUAUGGACACCCACCAGAGAGUGGCUGCUGAGGCUUCCAAAGGCCUGGAAUUGCACUUAAAAGAAAUGAUAGAAUCUCUAGGAAGCCAGGUCUUUUACCUGGGGAAGGGUGAAGGGCACGUGAGCUACACAAAAAUACGUAUCUUUAUGAUAAAAAAAAAAAAAAAAAAGAAGAAGAAAUUACGGACAUUCAAAAUCUCAGUCAUUUCUGCAGAAUGGUCUGAUAAAAAUCAAGAUACCAUAAGGUGUAUAUUAAAAUCUCCUCAAUACUUUGGUGGAAAGAAUGACGGAAGUACAGCUUUACAAACUAACACCUGUUUCACUUGCAUUCUUAAAGAAUGCAGCCUUUUCUAA